UGCUCAAAGGUCGCUCCGUACGUUUUAUGGUUUGUCAUUUUAAAGGCAUCAAGAAGAAAUGAAAAUUGCUUUCUAAAUUUACACAAAUGCCACUGUUUUAUUAACUGCUGUAUUACACAGUGAGAGUUUAAAUUAAAGUUACGUAAUUUAAUUCGGUUUUUCAAUUACCAAUUUGUAUAUAUCAAUGUGUAAAUCAGAAAACCGGUGAACAAUAGAUUUAAAUUGUUCUGCUCACUGCUCAGAACUUAUUUAAUAAAUUUGUACCCAGUGUUGUUUUAUAUAGCAUUCUACGUAUUUAAUUGAAAAUGGUGGUUGAAAAAGGUUCGCAUAUGAAUAACCCCUUAGAGCAGUUUGUACUACUUGCCAAGACAGCAAAAGGGGCUGCUUGUUUGGAAUUAGUAAAACAGGUACUAGAAUCACCUGGAGUAUAUGUUUUUGGAGAAUUAAUCGACAUGCCUAGUAUUUCUGAGUUAGCUAAUUCUAAUUACAAACCAUACUGGGAUACAUUAAAUUUGUUUGCAUAUGGAACAUUUAAAGAUUACCUGGCAAAUACUUCCAGCUUUUUACAACUAACUCCUUCACAGAAAAAGAAGUUACAACAUUUAACAAUAGUGACUCUUGCUACAAAAUCUAAGUGUAUCCCAUAUAAUACACUGCUAGACGAGUUAGGAAUUAAGAAUGUUAGGGAUUUGGAAGAUUUAAUCAUUGAAGCCAUUUAUGCAGAUAUUAUUCAUGGAAAAUUAGAUCAGAAAAACAGCCAGUUGGAAGUAGAUUAUGCAAUAGGAAGAGAUAUUAGAGCAGCUGAUAUAACUACAAUAGUAAAUUGCCUUCAAGAUUGGUGCUCAGAAUGUGAAAAUGUACUAUCAUGUGUAGAAUCACAGAUUCAUAGGGCAAAUUCAGAAAAAAAUCGAAGUUUGCAACGAAAAUCUGAAAUUGAACAAGAGAUUGUCAAUAUAAAGAAAACAUUGAAAACCCAGCUUCAAGAACGAUCAGAUGGUUCAGAAGAAGUAAUGACAACUGAUAACAGGGAAGCAGUAUCUGCAGAAAAAGGAAAAAAGGCUACAAAGGCUAAAGGUAUACGUUCAGGAAGUAAAUUUUGGUCCAAAUCAUAAAAUUUUAAAAAUUUUGUUUUAAUUCUGAUAUAAAUUGAUAAACAUAUAUCUGUAUAUAGUUAUAUAGUUAAAAAAUCAGGAGCAUGAACAUGAAAUGGACAUAUAAGAAAUAAUGUCAUGAUACACUGAAUUAUUAUGAGUUUCUUUUGAAACUCUUUGUACCUUUUCAUAUUUUGCUAAUGGUAAUCAGGUUUUGUAUGUAGUUGAGUAUAAUAUGUAUAUAAUAUAAACUUGGUAUCAAAAAAUAAGUUACCUCAUUAUUAUUCCUUGGUAUUAUAUACAGUGCAGAUUCUAAUUUUUCUGAUAUUUUUAUAAUACACAAUAGUAACAUUACUUCUUUUUUUUUUAA